CUCAUUCCAGACCACCAGGCGCACCAGCAUCCCCCUGUCUCUGCUGACUCAGUGCCUUACCAGCAGUCCCUCCACCUCGAGAUACAGCAAUCAGCAACCGACGCACUCUCCUCUGGUCAACCCUCCCCGGCAACACCGUACAGAAAUGGCAAAGACCGCGAUCGCUUACAAAGAGAAGAUGAAGGAGAUUUCAGUUCUCUCACUCAUCUGCUCCUGUCUGUACCCCGAGACCCGCAAAAAUAUCCUGGGCGACUUCGAAGACUUGGACAUCAAGCCCAUUAACAAGCGAGCCUCAGGCCAGGCCUUUGAGGUCAUUCUGAAGCCGUCCUCCCCGGUGUCCGAUACCGCCCACUGCAUCACCAGCCCCCCAAAGAGGGACAUUUCCCUGGAGGACAUCCAGAAGAAACUGGAGGCAGCUGAGGAUCGGAGGAGAUCCCAGGAGGCGCAGGUUCUCCGCGCCCUGGCUGAGAAACGCGAGCACGAGCGCCUUGUGCUGCUGAAGGCCGAGGAGGAGAAUAGCAACUUCAGCCGCAUGGCCGAGGAGAAGCUCCAGCUGAAGAUGGAGCAGAUCGAGGAGAACCGGAUGGCUUACCUGGCCGCCAUUAUGGAUCGCCUGCAGGAGAAGGAGAAGCAUGCUCAGGAGGUGCGCAGGAACAAGGAAUUGAGAGAAGAGUUGACAGCAUGAGAAGCCCCAACAGGUUCCACGUCCCACCUCAAAACACCCCAUCACCACCCCUGACCCCCGAGGAAUGACCCCCACCCUACCCCACCCAACCCCACCCUACCCAACCAGCUAAUCCCACAUUUCCCCACUUCUCCAAACUCCCCCCUGCCAUACUCCCUCAUACUACUCUGAAACUACCACGGCCUAAGGCACCACCCCGGGACAGUGGGAGGUCCAAACGGUGUUGGGGGUGGAAAAAAACAAGAAUUCAAAAAUAAUUUACAAAAAAGAAAAAGAUAAUUAAUGUCUCCCACCCACUCUGCCCAAAAAAAGAAUGUUUUUGCUCCAUUUCAAAUGACAAGAAAAGAAAAAAAAUAUCAAAUUGAUAAGUGACAGUGGGUAUUGGUUUUUGUAAAUACUUCUUUUUUUGUUAUAUACAGUAUGAGACAAGCAGCAAAAGUAUUGAUUGCAGUGUGCCAUUUUUAUAUAUAAGUUUCCUCUCCUUGCAUAUAUAUGGAUGUAAUAAUUUGUUCAUUUCCAUGUUUUUUUUGUUUGUUCAUUUCAGCCUGAGAAUCAUUUUCUUUAGGUUUCUCUUGUGUGGUGACAGGCUUAGAUGUUUGUUGUGAGUUUGACUGCUAGCUGAUGUGUGUCGCUGUGACGGGUUGCGUCCUCACACGUCCAGCAUCCUGGCUCCCGUUCCCUUGUCCCUUCAGGUGGGCACCCACUCAUUUGGCCCUUCAGAUUUGGAAUCAAAAAUUGGAUCUGGGUUCGGUCUGAGUGAUUUUCCAUCCAGUGUAUGUCGGUGUCCCAAUUUCGCGAGUCAGCAAACGGAGAGGGGACAGUUUGCUUUUCUGUGAGGACUGCAAGCCGUCGCCGCACAUCCACUCCUGUGAGUUAGAUGGUGACUGUACCACAGGAGAACACUAUAGCAUUUAAUGAGCCCAUCCGCAUCCUCCUUCCCUCCGUCUGCAGCCUCUUCAUCCCUCCGCAUAUAUACAUGCUGUAGAAGCACUCACUCACACGCUCUCCACAUGGGCAGGCAUUUAUCCAAUCUGCAGCACAUAGCUCGGGAGGAGCUCGCCAAACGCCAAACUGUCCAUCUGGCACCGGAAAUCUCAAAUAAGUUACCUCACCAAAUGGCGGGCCUCUUAUAUUUCUCACAAACAAGCCUUCUGUCACAUUUCAAUCACAUGUUACUGUGAUAUACAACACAAGAACGCUGAGAACUAAAAAGAAAAAAGAAAAAAAGAGCUUCACCUGAGAUCAGACUUGUUACUGUGAAUCUUACAUUGGAGAAAAUGAGCUACACCUCUCUCCAUGUCAUAGAGGCUUAGAGUAAUGCUCGACGUCAUCAGCACCUACUGGAAUCAUUGCACUUCACCCCAAGUCACUGUAAAUGCCACCGAAAGGUCGGCACGAGAAAGAUGUUGAAGCCAUAACAGGUAUCACUGCAACAAUGAUUCAUGAACACAGUAUUUCCAUCUAGAAAGGUGUAUAUGAAAGUGUGUGUUAAAGGUAUCAGAGUAGUUUGUAACCAGGGGUGUUGAAGCCUGAGGUUGAACCCUGUCGGUCACAUACGCACGAUAGGCCCAUAGGUGUGUGUGAGUGUGUGUGUGUGUGUGUGUGUGUGUGUGUGUGUGUGUGAGUGAGUGUGUGUGUAUUUCAGGAAGGGCAGGUAGACAACUGAACAUUUCAUCCGGUGAAAUAUAAACAGACACCGUCACACUGUACACCACAGACAGUGACAAUCCUACCUGCCUCCCUCUCUCUUUCUCUUUCUCUCUCUCUACUAUCUCUCUCUCUCUCUCUCUCUCUCUCUCUCUCUCCUCUGUCCAUUUGUGUGUUUCCCCCUCUCCACAUAUAUCUUUGUGAGCAAGCAGUGGUUAAUAAAGAUUUGGGGUUCAGUGAAUGAAA